AUCAAACAGCUGAGAACGCGCGUGUAACGCCAGAGGGAACGCAGCAGAUGCACCGAGAGAGCGACACAGCAGCGCGUUACAACAUCUAUCUAUCCACGAACACACGCUUCUGCGGCAAACAGAUGAAAGCCGAUAGAAGCCUAACGUGUUCGGUGUGUGCUGUAGACGCGAUGAUGCUUCGAUGAGGACGCCUGGUAUUUGAUUUCUCUGUCACUGAAGAGGGAAUCCGCGUUUUGUCACGGUUUUUAUUGUUGAUGUUUGGCCUCGUUUAUCAACUCCCGACUAAACGAAAGAUUCAGGGAGGAAAUCAAAUAAGCAUUUUUAAAUAGCGCGGAGUGGAAGCCUUUGUCGUGAAAAUCAACUGCAGGAGCAGAAAUGUGACAUCUUUCACACGACCGUCGACCAUAUCGGGUGCUUUAAUCGAUAAAGGGUCCAUCUCUAAGACCAUCAUUUUCAAGGCAACUACCACACCUUAUAUCUUAUACUAAGAUGUCAUUAUUUCAUGUCGUGUUCCUGCUGCUCACUGGGCCGGGCGUGAGUUUGUCUCAAGCUGAGCAGCCAACCGUCCCAUUUGGCUGCAGUUUUGGAAUACCAAGACCAUACACUCUCUUAUGUGACCUGGAUGCUAUGUGGGGGGUGGUGGUGGAGGUCGUAGCAGUGGCUGGUGUGUUCGCUGCCAUUUUACUGUUGAUCGUGUUACUUUGUCGCCUGCACUCAGUGACUGAGGCACCAAAGCGAAGUGGCAUUGGUCCAAUUCUCUUACUUCUAACGGGCAUUAUCGGGCUGUUUGGGCUUAGCUUUGCAUACCUUAUUGAGCAUAACGAAAGCAUUUGUGUGGUGCGACGUGCCCUCUGGGGUUUGUUUUUUUCCCUCUGCUUUGCCUGCAUGUUAGCACAGGGCUUGAGGCUGCGCAGGCUUGCACGUGAGUCUCGUAGCCCAGGCGGGUGUGCCCUCGUUGGACUAGUGCUAGGGUUAACAGCAGUACAAGGUAUUAUUGCUGCAGAGUGGCUUCUUCUUACAGUGCUGCGGGAGGGUAAUCCGGCUUGCGACUAUAAGCAACUGGACUUUGCACUCGCUUGUGCCUAUGUGGUUGCACUCCUGCUGUCUGCCCUAGUAACUGCAACAUUAGCACUGUGUGGGAAGGCACGACAAUGGCACUGUAAUGUUGUGUGGCUUCUAGUCUCCUGCUUGCUGUCCAUUCUCCUGUGGGUGGCUUGGGUUGGUUUCUACGUCUAUGGGAACAAAGUACUUGAGAAGUCUCCAGACUGGGAUGAUCCAGCAUUGGCUGUGGCCCUGGUAGCACAGGGUUGGUUGUUAUUGCUGUGCCAUGCUGCUCCUGAAGCCCAUGCCUGUCUUCGAUCACCACCUCAGCCUUCAGCUCCAGACUAUUUUGAUACAUCUCAGAAUUCAUCACGCAUGAGGGAGGCCAGCCUUGAUGAGGACAUCCCACUCUCGCACAGGCAGUUUGUAGAGAAUCAGGGAUAUGCGUUUGAUGAAAAUGCUGCAGGGUUGAGAAGUGGUAGCCAUCAUAAUGGCAACACAGGAGCCAGACCCAGUGCACCCUUCAGAAGUAACGUCUACCAACCUACUGAGAUGACCAUGAUCCUAAAUGGAGGAGCAGUUCCAUCCGCGCCUCCCACGUACACAGGAAGACAGCUUUGGUAAAGGAGUCUGGGAGAAGGGUGAAUGGAAGAGAGGUGUAAGCUCCUGCACUGUAAAAGAAACAAAAUCUCUGAAGUGAAUGCGGACUUACAGUUAGUGCUCCAGUGAGACUAAAAUAAAGGACUUGUUGAUGGUGUGUGUGUGUGUGAGAGAGAGCAAUUUGACAAGCAUGAUAGAAGGAUGUUAAAAUUCUUCACCAUCAAUAGCUGUAGUGAUUUGGAGUUAGUGUACUGGUAAAAGUAUUGAUGCAGUUUCACACAUUUCUCCAUUAAUUCAGCUUUUCAUUCCAGCAGUAUUUUCAUUUCAUCGCCAUCUCAGAUACACGUGAAUUUCAGAUUUCACCCUGAAGUCAAAUUGGGCUCUGUAUGUUACAUUUACAGGAAUUUGCAGAUCUGUCUGUACUGCAGUGGUGAUUGUGCAGUAAAACUUGAACAUUUGAUCAUUCUGUGAGAACUAGAUACAGUACUUGGAUUUCUCUGGUCAAAGUAUUUUUAAUUUCGUGAGUUGUCUGCGUAUGAAUGACUGGCGUGCGUGCAACUGUAGCGCCAAUCCCCAUGCAACAUGCUGCGACAAAUCUUUAGCGUUCUUCUAUGGACUUUAUAGCUCAAAUCUCACUCUGGGCUGUAUUUUUAUACAUCAAAUUGCUCUUGUAUUUCGCCACUGGAGCCACGAAAUAUUUAAUCAGUUUUGAGCUCUGCUCUGUUUAACAGUUAAACAAUUAACCUUCAGAUACCUAAAUCCCAGUGGAAAUAACUGAUGCAGAGCAAAUGAGGGAGGUGAGGACAAGGGUUAGGUUUGCUAGUCUGAAUUCUGAUUUAAAUCUGCUCUAAGUGGCACAUACACUGUAAGAUUUGGGAGUAAUGUGGGAAUAAAUAUGUUACCCACAUAAGUUACAGUGCUUGAUAACUAUCACUGUUAAUAGGUAUAUUUCGUUUUGCUAACUUUAAUACAUUUGUGUGUGUGUUUGUGUGUUAAUUUUUCACCUGACUAACAAGUAGGAAUAUUAUGGUUUAGUCAAUGGGGUCCAGAGAUUUUAAGCUUCAAAAAGGAAAUAAAGUAAUCCAGAAAUUUGAUUUAAAUAAUUGGAGUUGUAUGGAUUACUGCGAAACAUUUAAAUUCACAUAGAUUUUUAUUUUAUGUACAAAAAGAGGUGAACUAUAUUUUGCUGUGAAGAUGAGUAAAUGAUGACAGAAUUUUGUUUUUUGGGUGAACUGGCACUGAAAAGAGUGACGACUGCAGUAUAUAUAUGUCCACAGUAUAAGAGAUCAGAGAGCGGUUAUUUGUUUCAGACGGGUCUCUGUUUUUUCCUCUCUGAGAGUGAUAAUGUGCUUAACAAGCUGUUUCUGUCAUUGAUGUUUGCUCCUUAUACUGUGCUGUGAAGGACAGGGAGUUGUUGAGAAUAACUGAUUUCCUUUAUAGUUAUGUAUACAGAGUCCUAAACCACAUCACACAAACAGAUAUAUAUAUAUUACAGUUCAGUAUUCGGCUGUUUUCACAAAACCAAGUGUAAACAUUUGGUUGAUUUCUCAGUUCAAUUACGAGUUUGAUUCCACCCUCCUUUCCUGGUUAUACAAGGUAUAAAAGACAAAUAAUAUGCUGCCAUUAAUAACAGUUAUACUCUGAGAAUGCAAAGAUGUAAAUUACACGUCAUCAAUAGCAGUUUACGUCCAUAAAAUUAUGCUGGAUUGCUGGAGUCUAUCUGAACCAAGUACAGAUUUGGAGUUGGGGAUCUUUAAAGGUCUUUUUGCUAACAGUUUUAGGUUCAUUGUAGAAAGCAGUUUAUCUUAACAUGGUCUAAACCCUCAAUAACUAAAAACAGGGGGACUAGGACUGAGUGAGUUAGCUAAUAUACAUGUGUGCAUUUAACCCAAAGAACAAAGGCCUAAAAUAUAAAAGCAAACAGACAUUAGUCGGGUUUCCAUCCCAAGUUACAAAUUUAACGUAUCUACAAAAUAUAUGAAAUAUAACAUAAAACAUUUGCAAAUAAGCACCGUUUCCAUCAAACGAGUCUGGUAGAACUAGCACUAAGGCUAUAUAUCACUGUGAAAAUAGGAGAAACGCCUGAAUAUAAUAUUUUUCAUAAGCUUAUAUAAUAAAUUAUUUGCGCCUCAGAGCGAGCAGACAAAACAAAAGAAACACAUUAUACAGAAAUACGUUGAUGACUGACUUUGCUCGGACAUGAGCAUUACAUUUCAGAUACUGAGGAACUUGAUUGGUCCACUGGUUAGGUUUUGGCGUCCCAUAGCACAUGACUUGUUUGAUGCGCAUGGAGAAAUCUACUCUGCAAAUGGAUUUCCAUCUCCUUUUAUUCACAUUAACACUUUUUCGUCAAAAAAGUCCAAAUCGACCUCAAGCGAACGUAAAACGGUGAUGGAAACAUAGCUAGUCACAAAAGUCAGCACUUAAAUGAGCGUUUCAAAACAAUAAGAGGUUAGGAAUAGAACGGUGGAUAUUGAUUGUUAAAGAGGUCAUGACAUACUUCAGCAUAUUUUCUCUGUCCAUUGCUCAUUUGGAUGCUGCUUCAGUACGGAUGGCCAUAUCUUUGGCUAACAUCUUUGGAUGCUCUCGCCACGGUGCAUACAGAAUUGAAAUUAUGUAUGCAGAAUAAUGGCAGUCAUUUAAAUAUAGUGGUAUAUCAGCAGUGCCCAAUCCUGCUCCUGGAGAGCACCUGUCCUACAGAGUUCAGCUCCAGCCUGGCCCAACACACUUACAUGGACGUUUCUAUUGACCCUGAAGACCUCAAUUAGCUGCUUCAGGUGUUUAAUUGGGGUUGGAGUUGAUACAUUUGAGAAUGCUUUUUGUUUCUAAAUGCUCUGCGUCCACACUAGCAAUCUCAAACAUUUCUCUUUCACCACAUCAGAAAACAAUAAAAUCAUCUUACUGUGCAUGAGGAAGAUUUAACACAUUCUCGCCGGGAUGAUAUAGAGAUGACCAGAGAAAUAAAGUUCUCGUGCCAUUAUUCUGGCCCUAUCAUUUUGUUAGCAAAAAAUCUCCCCCAUUUACUGGUAAGUCCAAUUCACACUCAAAAUUUUCAGUUGAUGGUCCAAGAAGGUGAGGUGAUCCUGUGCUAAGACUUGGGUUUUUCAUUAUAUUUUCGGAUUCAGCUCAGUGUCAUGACCCCUUUAAAGUGAUCUACUAGUCACUAGUUGAAGUGGUUGGUACCUAAUGUGCAGGCUUAUCAAAUUAUCAAAAUGAUUUCCAGGCGUUUUGAUGGAAAUUGCUAGAAACUGGGAUAGUUUGACAGUUUUUUUUCAUACACAGCAGGAUCCAAUCAAAUAACGGUUAUGUCCUCUCGUCCCCAGGUUCUGAGGGUCAUAGAGCAAGGUAGAAAUCUAAAGCUAAGAUACUCUACGCAACUAUGUGAGUGUAUGCUUUGUGUCACGAACUGCACUUUGAUGCAUCAAAUCCAAGUACUUUACAUGUUGCAUUCUCAGAACUGGUGCUAUAGCACACAUUAGCAUGAACUUCCUUCUGCUAUGGUCACUUUUAUAUGUCAACUACUGGAGCAGAAUAGAGAAAAUAACUUAGUUACACUGUUAAAAGUUACCUACCUGAACACUACCAUGUGUGGUUUUAUGGCACAUACUGUAUUUGAAGGUAACUAUUAACCUAGAGUUCAAUGAGAAGCUCACUUGUAAUGUAUUGAUGACACAUGUGUACCUAGGUUUGCAUAAGGCUUGCUUCGGGCCUCCAUCCUGAGGUGCAGGGUCCCACUACACAGGCAUUAAAAGAGUUACUGAAGGUACUGUGUGAAGGGAAAGGGUCCUGUUGUGUAUUAGAGACUUUGUAUUAAUAUAUUGUUUGUUGUUUAUGUUGUUUGGUCAGCUCCUGUAUAUGUGUGUGUAUAUAAUAUGCACACAUGACACGUUUGUCAGGGUUAACAUGACGGUCAGAAAAUAACCUGUGUACUGUAUGUUCACAAGACUGAAAAUAACGAAAAGGGCAAUGUCAGUGUGAUAUAAUGGGAUGAGGUUUGGUUGGUUACCUAUGUUCAUAAAGUUAGAAAAACAUUAGUGAGAUAUGCACAUAAUGUCUGUUUCCUGAAAUCUUCCAUCCUAUUGAAUUCCCCUUGUUUCUGUGGUCUUCACAUUGUUCACCUCUUGGUUGUUUUGCCCUAAGACUUGACUAUCUGGAGCUGUGCAGUGAUGCAGCAUGUCUAUGUUUAGAGAGAUUUCCCCCAAAAAAUCAGUAUAUAUGGAAUAAAACAAUUCAACAACCA